ACUCACCACACUGACGCCGUUCUUCAGUCUGAACGGUGAAACUCCGGGUAAUUCAGGAUGGAUUUCCGCCGGGUCGUUUUCCUGCUCCACCUGCCGCUGGCCGCCGCCAUGUACUUCGAUCUGGGAGAGCAGGAGCAAAAAUGCAUCAUAGAGGAGAUUCCUGAGGACACCUUGGUGACAGGAAACUUCUUCCUGGAGCCGUGGGACGUCACAUCUUUCAGCCACUCGCCUCACCUGGGCGUCACGGUUACCAUCAGAGACCCAAACCAGGAAGUUCAGUUGUCCAAACGCUACGGAAAAUUUGGUAAAUUCACCUUCACAGCUCACGGCUCCGGCCAGCACUACCUGUGCUUCCAAACCAACUCCACCAGGUUCUCUGUGUUCGCUGGAGAAAGGCUGAAGCUGCAUUUGGACGUUCAGAUGGGAGAGCACUCGGUAGAUCCCAAAAUGGACAGGACCAAAGACAGCCUGCAGAUUCUGGAGAGCAAUCUGCAACACCUGACCAGCCAGAUGACGUACAUCACCAGGCAGCAGGAGUACAACCGGGAAAAAGAGGAGAUUUUCCGUCAGAUCAGUGAGGAAACCAACAGCAAGGUGUUGUGGUGGGCGGUAAUCCAAACCUGCAUCCUGCUCUCCGUUGGUUUCUGGCAGAUCAAACGACUCAAAGACUUCUUCAUUGCCAAGAAACUGGUCUGACGUCGCCGUCUCGCCGAUCUGUACGGCACCAACAUCAUGUCAGGACUGGGAAACAAACAUGAUAUCUGACCUGAUUCUGCAUGGGUAAUAAAAAGAGGCCUGGAAAAUAAAGGAAGGUUCAACAAAUUAAA